AUGAUGAUUAGUAUUCUAGAUAAUACAGUACAUGUAGCGAAGGCACUACUGCCUGCCAACCCAUCCGCUACUACUUUACCUAAUAUUUUAUCGAUAUUAACCGGAUUUAUAUGUCAUUCUAGUGACGAUGAAGCUUUAGCAGAUGAACAUAUGGCACGUCGAGAAUGGUCACAAGCAGCAAAUAUCUUUGCUUGUAUAAUUAAUCCAAACGUUCGUGUUCUAAAUAAAUAUGGAUGUUUAUUACGUGAACAUUUAAAUAAUCUAUCUGGUGCCUUAGAAUGUCAUCAACAAGCAUUAUUGAAAGCUACUGAUCGAGAACAAGCUGAAACACUUAUUUGUUUAGGUUUAGUCCAUAAAGGUAUGAAACAACAUGCCGAAGCAUUGAAAGUUUAUUCUCAAGCGUUACAAUGGUUUGAAAAUGAAACGAAACGAGAUCCAGUAAUGAUUGCUCGUUGUCUUAUUGGUAUUGGUAAUGCGCAAUGGGCACGUCAACAACUUACUGAAGCACUUGAUUAUACUGAACGUGCUUUAGCUAUACGUGAACAUGAAAUCAAACCAAAAAAUGAUUUUGAUAUUGCUGCUUGUCUUGGUAAUAUGAGUAAUAUAUUACAUGAUCAAGGUGAUAUUAAACGUGCAUUAUCAUGUGCUACUCGUGCUGUUGAUCUUUUGAGUGCAUGUGGAAAAGAUGAUCCUCGUCUUGCUGCAGCAUUGAAUAAUUUAGGUGCUAUUCACAUAGCUAAUGGUGAUUUAGUUAAAGCACGAGAACAUUUUGAACGUGCACUUGAAUCUAUAUCAAAUGAGAAUCAUCCACAUAGAAAAAGUACAUUGGCUAAUCUUGCUCGACUCGAAACGAUGGAAAAGUCGAAAAAAUAA